AUGGGACGCAAUCUCAAAACAAAGACGGGUGGUGCACCACAGAAGCGACGCAAGAAGUCCGAAGGGCUCAGUGCAGACAGUAGCAGCCCCGUACUGUCAGCUACGUCUUCCUCGGGCGGUACCUCAAUGCCUAGUCCUCGUGAAUGCGACAAAUGCGGGAAUAAUAUGCUAUUGGAUGGUGUGGCCAAGACGUGGCCAUUGGGUAAAAAGAAUGUGGCGUUUACAGACUGUCAAAUUUGUGACUUUGUAGCCUUUCGACGGUCCCAACGACCCUGUGUCCAGUGCACACGUAUGAGUUGUGACCAUUUCUGUGAAUGGUGUGGCAAGGGUUUUCAUAUAAAAUGUGCCAAAUUACAGAAGGAAGAUGUAGAGAAUCCGAAUGGUUUCUGUUGCCAUAAAUGUGAAGCAGAGCAGAGUGAAGGUCACAAUACGGACGACGAAGAGACAAAAGGGGAAGAAGAUGUGGGAUCACGAUGUGGGAGAUGUCGACUGCCUUUUGCUUCAAUGGGAAAGGAAAUAGAUGACGUGAGCGUUGCUACGGGAUUUAAAGUGAAUCAAGCAGUGCUUGUGGACAAUGACGAGGUGCUGUAUAAUGCUCUGAUUACUGAAGUGGAUACUAAGGGUGAGCGAAUUAAGAUUCACUUUACACGGUGGAGUAAAUCGUUUGAUGAUUGGUAUGCGAUGGAUGAUGAGCACAUUAAUGAAAGUCUGGCGUGUGAUUGCUGCAAUAAUUGGUUUCAUAUUGGCUGUUUGCCACCGAUCAAGAGCUCGGGAAGGUGGAAAGACUCGACGUAUGUGUGUCCACGAUGUAUUGAUGAUGCACGUGCGUUCCAUAACGGCAGUCGAGCAGUACUGAAGGCAAAGAUGGGGUGUGGUUUUACAAGUAUUGCAACUGCAAAAGCUACAAAGAAAACAACGUCACCGAAAGAGAGCGAGAGAACUAUUGUGGCGGUUGUGAAGACUAAGAAAUCUAAUAAAGCGGUUGUGGUGAGGGAUGAUGAUGACGACGAUAUGGAAAAGAAAAAGGAAAACGACAGCAAUGUGAGAAAGGAGAAAGGCAAAAUCACAAAAGCACCGAGCAAAAAGAAGCGAAUAUUACCCGAAGCUGGCGAGUCUUCAGUGAGGAGAACGCAGGCGAAGGAGAAUGAAAGAACUGCGAAGAGUGCUGUGAGUGCGGCGUCUGACUUAGAAACUGUUGUGUCACUCGCAAGGAAGGAGUUUGCAAGUGCUGAUGCCGCGUUACACCUCGCCGGGUCAGCACCGUCAGAAGCAAAAGCAGACUCAUCCAUAGUGCGUGCGCCUACGACGGAAGUGGUUGCUAAAGUCAACGCGAAGGUGCCAAAGUUGCCUGCAGUGAAUACAAAUGCUGUUGUGGCUGGGAAGACUUCAGUUAUAAUGCAUGCGUCUCCAGAGCACACGGUUAAGGUAGUGACUGAGGCAGACAGUUCGCCUUUUGAGGUAGCCGCUACGGUUGGUGCAAAUGACAAGCAUGCCGUGGGCGAGUCGGAUGCGGACCCGCACGAGAGGAAGCUGGUGGUGACGUCUCAAACCGCUGCUCCGGAGCACUCGAAUCGGUAUUCAUCGUGCAACACUGUAAUGUCGCUUUUGAACAGUCCACCAUCGAAUGAGACAUCAAUUAAGACAUUCAAGCCCACGGUGACUUCACUGCCUAUGCUGAGCCCGGCAGAUAACACAUAUGCUUCGUCGUCGAAGCCGGCGGUGGCAAUGCAGACCAACUUUCAGGUAUACGUGAAGAUGGAGCAAAAGAACGGACAUUUCUCGCUGUAUCCGCGUCCGGCGCUGGAUGGCAAGCCUGCUCAGGCAGGUCGGAAGGAAGUAUCGACAAAACUAGCAAAAUCAGCGGCAGCACGAAGGACAAAGCAGAGCCAGACUUGUCGUGGCCUGAGCGCGUUCGACAUCCUACGUGAAGUGGCAGCGCAGGAGAUCGACGAAGGCGCUGUACCAGUAAAACCAAAGCGCGAGAAGCGUCCUUUGGGUCGAGAAUUCAAAGCUAGUGCAAGCAAGUUUCCGAAGAUGGACGCGUCUACGGGGUGUGCAUCGAGCACUACACCGGGGCGAACAGCAUCAUCCGGAGGAUUCGGAAAUCUGGCUGUUUCAGACAUGAAUCAGUCGCCACAGACUCGCGACCGCAUCCAGAUGAACCCAUUUGUGGAUCUGCACUUCAGCAUUCGCAAGGAAAUGUACCUUCGCUUUUGUCGUCUAGAAGAAGAAGGGAUGUUGACGCGAGACUCGGCGCAUUUGCUACGCUCCCUAAUCUACCCGACGUCGGAGAGAUUCCAAGACCUGAAGUUUGUGUACCUCGUGAACAAGGAUUUGCCAUCGUUACAGCUCACGAAACGGCUUCUCGAAGCGGUGCCGUACCCCGCAACAGCUGCAAAAACAGUCGCUACGACGGCUCCUCACGCUUCAUCUGCUGCUAUUAGAUCUCCUGUUGGUGGCAAGAGCUUAGCAGGGUUCCCAAUGUCGAUGGGAAUGUUUUCUGCUGCAAUGAGUCGCAACUCGUCUCCUGCCGGCUCGUCUCGCAUGAGUCUGCUUCCUCCACCUCCAGGCCCAACAUUGCUGAGACCAGAUCUUGUGCGACCAGAUGAAUCGUCACGAGUUGUGCCUCAAUCACAGCAACAUCCAUCGCGAACGAGCGGUAGUCCUGCCACCCAUGUCACCACGGCGAAGCGUCCUGAAAUGCUGAUCGUGGAGCAGCAUGCACCUACACGCAGCCCAGGUACCGGAACAGGAUCUCAGCGAUUAUUGAAUUCUAGGUAG